AUGUCGCUCAAGAAAUUCGUCAUGUCAGGAAUCCAAGAUGUUUUGGUGAGAUUUUCAAAACUUUUAGACGCGUUGCGGUCGCGCUGCGUGCUGACUGUUUUAUUUUUAAAACAGUAAAAUGAACAUACAUAUUUAUGAUAUUCGAGAACUUUUCUAUUCUAAAAUAAAUAUUUAUCUUUUAUAUUUUUUUCAAACAAAAAAAAUAAACUUUCAACUCUGCGUCUCUCGCCUAUCAAAUGUUUUUCUGCCCUAUGAUGAUGAUGAAACCGACAAUUUGUCAUUUAUUGUGGUUUUGACCAAAAAUUUGAAUUUUCUGUAUUUCAGGAGAACAAAUUGGGUGGAAACAACAAAAACUCCUCAAAUUCUUCGCAACCUGCACAACAACAAUCUUCAAAUAUGUCAGGUAAGCGAUUUUUUGACCUUUUAACAUAAGUCGUGGCGAAGAAAAAGAGAAAAAACUGUUUUUCAAGUGUGCAACAGAAAAAAUCCAGUGUUACUCAGCAAAUAUUUGAGUCUUGAGGGUCAGUGGAAAAUUGAUAUAUAUUUUAUAUUUAACAUAACUAUCAGGAAAAGCUUGGGGGAUAUACGUGGCAAAAUUAAAUUUGAGCUAAAUGCGAUUUUUUCCUCAAAAUACAAAAAUCUUGAAUAUACAAUCAAGUUCGCUCUAUCGCACACACUUUUAUUUGCGUGUACUUCUCUCGGAAUCCAAGUUUUUUCGCGAAAAUAAAAGAAAUUGAGUCGCGAUUUUAAAAUAUCUUCACAAAAACCAAGUUCUCAAUAGAGCGCACAUGCUCAUCCAGCUUCAUUUCAUAAUAUUUGUAUGUACUGUGUUUCCAGGCUACCCACAACAAAAUCAACCACAAUACGGUAAUGCCGGCGCGCCAUCGCAAGGUUAUGGCUACGGAAACGCUGGCUAUGAUGCGUAUGGGAAUCAGGGACAACAACAACAACCGUAUCCACCACAACAAGGUGGCGGUGCACCGUAUCCUGGUGUAGGAGGCGGUGCUUAUCCACAACAACAACAACCACAAUAUGGAUUCAAUACACAGGGUGGUGCACCAGGUUACCCACCACAACAGGGUGGAUACCCACCACAACAGCAAGGUGGAGGAUAUCCAGGAGGACCUGGCGGUUAUCCACCACAGCAACCUGGUUAUCCAGGAGGACAGGGUGGAUAUCCAGGUCAACAACAACAAUAUCAGAAUCCAGGAAACUUCUAUCCAAAUCAAGGACACGGACAACCAGGUUGGAGAUAAUUUUGCGGGAAUUUUGGGAUGUUUUUUGCAAUAAACUUUGAAAAAUCCACGUGGAAAAAGUGGUGCUGGGCCUGGAGCUAGGGCUAGGCCUGGAGCUAGAGCUAGGCCUAGAGCUAGAGCUACAUACAUCGCAAUCUUCCCCUCUGAACCUCAAAGUGAUACACCCUAUUAAAAAAAAAUAAUCGCGAGUGAUACACCCUAAUUUUUGUAUGGAAGGCGCGAGCCUUCCAUCAAAAAAAAAUUUUUUUUUGUUCUCAAAAAAAAAAAUUUAAAAAUUUUGCAACACCAUUGCUCUUGGCAGGAAUCGAUCCAGCGACUUUCAGCAUUAUAAGCUCGCGCCCUAACGACUGCGCCAAGCUUGCACUUUUCUUCCCAUUCUUCUUUUUCAAAGAUAUAAUUGGUGAGAUGAGAGAUAGAAAGGAGAAGAGAUAAUCAGCUUGAAGAAAAUUUGCAUAUUUUCUGUCUGACAAUUGUCAAAAUAAUACUUGAACGAGUAAAAGUUGAAACAUGAAACUUGGCACACAUAAAAUUAAGCGUAGUCUGAAGGGUAUUGAACAAUAAAAUCGGAGGGAGACCCUAGAACUCAAGGUGCACACCCGGUCCACUGAAGAGGCCUUUUUUGACUAGUUAAGGGGACCGGGUAUGCACCUCACUUCUGAGUCAUUAUUUCGAGUAGAACUGUUUAGAACUUUAUAUUAGAGGAAAUUUGCUAACUUUCUAUUCAAAAAUAUUUUAGAAAACCAUACUAAAAUGGUAUUUCCUUGAGGGGUGAAAAUGUGCAUUUUUUACAAAAAAAAAAUUUUUUUUUUGAAAUCGAGGGAAAUCCAAGAUUUGACAUACAUAAAAUGGGUCCCCAGAAUCGGGGUGAGGGGCUUAACUUUUUUCAAAAAUCUGAAGGGAAGGGUGCCUAACUUGGCCAAUUUUCUGCUGAUAAUUUACCAAAAUUCCCAGAUUUGUCCAAAAUUCGCUCAAAAAUGUGAGGAUGGUGUUUAACUUUAGAAAAUUUUCAAGGAGGGACCCUAACUUUGAAAACUGACUCGGGGGACCUAUUUUAUGUAUGAGAUUUGAUUUUCGUUUUUUCUUGAAAUCAAACUAAUGACUUAAUUUGAGUCACUGAACAACGUAGUGACCUCAAAUACUACCAGAAACUUUUCCAAAACGAGUUACAGUAAUUGCCAAAAAGAUACUAACUUUUGAUUUUUGCUAUUAAUCACUUCAUCUUUUUCAAAUCAGGCACAAAUUUUUUCUGAGCAUUCUAAAUCCUAAACAUCAUUAUUGAAACGAAAAGCAAUGUAUUUUGUAUGAUUUUGACAUUGAUGGAAUUCGGAUGUUUCUCUCGAUCUUCGAUUCGGGAUCAUCGAGGAAAUAAAAAAUUUAUGGUCACCACGUUGUUUAGUGGCUCAAAUUAAGUCAGUAGUUUGAUUUAAAGAACAAACGAAAAUCAAAUCUUGGAUUUCCCUCGAUUUCAAAAAAAAAAUUUUUUUUGUAAAAAAUGCACAUUUUCACCCCUCAAGGAAAUACCAUUUUAGUAUGGUUUUCUAAAAUAUUUUUGAAUAGAAAGUUAGCAAAUUUCCUCUAAUAUAAAGUUCUAAACAGUUCUACUCGAAAUAAUGACUCAGAAGUGAGGUGCAUACCCGGUCCCCUUAACUAGUCAAAAAAGGCCUCUUCAGUGGACCGGGUGUGCACCUUGAGUUCUAGGGUCUGCCCCUCCGAUUUUAUUGUUCAAUACCCUUCAGACUACGCUUAAUUUUAUGUGUGCCAAGUUUCAUGUUUCAACUUUUACUCGUUCAAGUAUUAUUUUGACAAUUGUCAGACAGAAAAUAUGCAAAUUUUCUUCAAGCUGAUUAUCUCUUCUCUUUUCUAUCUCUCAUCUCACCAAUUAUAUCUUUGAAAAAGAAGAAUGGGAAGAAAAGUGCAAGCUUGGCGCAGUCGUUAGGGCGCGAGCUUAUAAUGCUGAAAGUCGCUGGAUCGAUUCCUGCCAAGAGCAAUGGUGUUGCAAAAUUUUUAAAUUUUUUUUGAGAACAAAAAAAAAUUUUUUUUUGAUGGAAGGCUCGCGCCUUCCAUACAAAAAUUGAACCUCAGUGAUAGACCCCCUCAAUUAAAAAAAAAUAGCAAAGUGAUAGACCCUAAUGGCCCCUGCAGGGGGAGCGAUGCGAUCUAUGUAGAGCUAGGCCCGGAGCUAGACCUAGCCCUACUCAAAAAAUUUCAAACAGAAUUUUUUAUCUGAAACUUGAGCUCCGAACAUAUUUUGUUGAUUUUCCACAAUUUUUCUCAGCCUUCCAAUUGAAUUUUGAAGAUUCGUGAGAAAAACAUCAAAAACCAACAAAUUUCGAAAUUUCUCGCACAUCUGCAUCUUAUUAGAUAGAUAUUUCACUGUUUCAAAAUAUGUUGAGUCAUCAAAAACAAAUACAAAUUCAAAUUUUCAAGUUUUUCUCUGUUUCUCUCUCACUCUCUCGCACUCUCUCUCUCUACAAAUAAAUAAAACAAACCAAGGUCGAUGUGGUUAUUUAUUUCUAUCAAACCAAGUUUUGUUUUUGUACAAAUUUUCCUUUUCACCGCUGAUGUUCAGAGAUCACGAAUUUUAUGGUCAGAACAGAAUAGUAGAGUAGAUUUCUGAUGGCGGGAAUUUUUAAGUUGUUUUUUUUCUUUUCGCGAGACGCCUUUUAAGCUUCAGGUUUUGGCGUCAGAAUUCUGAGAAGAUGAGUAAUUUUUAUCAUUUAUAGUUUUCCGGUGAUAAAAUUUGAGAAUUUUUGAUAAGAACUUUUUAUUUUAGUUUUUAUGAUGAAUUUUUGGAAUUUUCGGUUACUAUAGGAGUUUUGGCGCGAAAAACAUAGGAGUCUUUUUUUUUCAAAAAUCUAAUUUUCAAAAAAAUUUAGGUUACUGUAGAUAUUUUGGCGGGAAAAUGUCAUAUUACUGUAGAUUUUCAAGCUGUAGACUUCAGAAUCCAAUUCUUUUUUUUUGAAAAUCUAGUUUUCAGAAUUACUGUAGAAAUCUUGAAACCAAAAAUGUGGAUUACUGUAGAUUCUUCGCGUUAAUUUUCAUGGGUUACGGUAGAUUUUUGGUGCAAAAAUUCAGAUUACUGUAGUUUUCAGGGCGUUAAAAAUCUUGGCGGGUAAAACUGUAAAUUCAAAUUUUUAAAAUUAAUUUUUCGCGCCGAAAGUUUAGGUUACUGUAGAAAUCUUUGAAAUUCAAAAAAUCUCAAUUUUUUCAAAAUUCCAUCUCUUUACCUACCCCAGGCUAACUAAUUCCACAUCCUAAAUUCAAAAAUUAAAUUUUCAGUAAUGCUCGGAACUCCCUCAAUCUUCCCAAUUCAUGGUUUCAAUGCCAACGCUGACGCCGAAGUUCUCCGAAAAGCAAUGAAAGGAUUAGGAUGCAACAAUACGAAAGUAAUCAGUGUUUUAUGUCAACGAACAUCUUGGCAACGAUUAGAAAUCGCAAAAGCAUUCAAAGUGAUGUAUGGCAAAGAUCUGAUCAAGGAAUUGAAAGGCGAAUUACACGGCGAUUUUGAAGAUCUGAUAAUUGCUUUGAUGGAUGCUCCAGCUGUUUAUGAUGCUAAACAAUUGCAUAAAGCAAUGGAGGGAUUGGGAACCAAAGAAUCGGUUUUGAUUGAGAUUAUGACAUCGAGAACAAAUCAACAGAUUCAGGAGAUCAAACAGGCUUAUCAAGCAUUGUAUCGCAGAGAUUUGGAGAGAGAUUUGAUUGGUGAGACUUCGGGACACUUUAAGAGAUUAUUGAUCUCACUUUGUGCUGGAGGAAGAGAUGAGUCGAAUUAUGUGGAUGGAUUGAGAGCAAAUCAGGAUGCUCGCAAAUUAUAUCAAGCUGGAGAGAAACGAUUGGGAACUGAUGAAUCGGCGUUCAAUGCGAUUCUCGCUAGCCAGAACUUUAAUCAACUUCGCAUGGUUUUUGAGGAAUAUCAGAAGGUGGCGAAUCAUCAAAUCGAGAAGGCGAUUGAAAGUGAAUUUAGUGGAGAUAUUCGAGAUGGUUUAUUGGCCAUUAUUGCGGUUAUUCGGAAUCGACCCGCGUAUUUUGCGAAAUUGUUGCAUGAUAGUAUGAAGGGUGAGUUUUUGGGGGGUUUUAAUGGUGUGAACGUGGAGUUUUGUAGUUUUUUUGAAAAUUGCUGCUGAUUUUUAACGAUACUCAGCUUUGACAUCUUGCAAAUUUAGAAUUUUCAGAAUUUUACAGCUGUAAACGCGGAGUAUCGUGGAUUUUUAAUUCAGCUAGAUUUUCACAACGAUGCUCCCUGUUGGCACCUUAAAAAUUUGGAAUUUUCAGAAUUUUAUAGCUGUAAAGGCGAAGCUUCGUGGUUUUUUCAAAGUUUAUGCGAAAAUUUUGAAAUUUCGAACGAUGCUCCGCGUUGACACCUCGAAAAAUCUCAACAAAUAUUAGCCACACAACGAUGCUCCGUGUUGACACCUUGAAAUUUUAAAAUUUUGCAGCUGUGAACGCGGAGUGUUGUAGUUUUUUCUUCAAAAAUUUUUGGGAAAAUUGAGUUUUUCAACGAUGCUCCCUGUUGACACCUCGAAAUUUCGUGACUGUAAACGCUGAGACUCGUAAUUUAAAAAAAAAACAACUUCAGCUGAAUUUUUAAACGAUGCUCCGCAUUUACACCAAAAAUAUUUCAUUAUAAAUUGCACAAGAUCUAGCGUGAUCGCGUAGCAUCGUCAUUCCUCCAACCCAAUAUUUUUUUUUCGCAGGAAUCGGAACCCGCGACACUGAUUUGAUUCGCCUUGUCGUAACCCGCGCCGAAUACGACAUGGCCGACAUUCGAAACGCCUUCCAAGCCCUCUACCGUACUUCUCUCGAAAAUAUGAUCAAAGGCGAUUGUUCGGGAGCUUAUAAGGAUGGAUUGAUUGCAUUGGUCAAUGGAAAUCGACAAUGA